AUGAAGUCCAUUGCAAACACGAAGGGAGUGGUUCUCUUGGCUCUGGCUCUUCCUGUUCUGGGCCAACAAUCCCUCUAUGGCCAGUGUGGCGGUAAUGGCUGGAGUGGACCCACCGAGUGUACAGCAGGAGCAUGCUGUCAGGUUCAGAACCCCUGGUACUCACAGUGUCUGCCAGGGGACUGCAAGCCGAGCUCUCCUACUACAACUCUGGUGACCAGCACGACUGCAUCGACCACCACCGUAACUGCCCCAGGCGGCCACUCUACGGGAUGCGGCAAGACACCCAGCAUGAACAGCGGAACCUACACCAUGACUGUCAACGGCAUCCAGAGGCAGUACACCCUCACCCUGCCCCAGAACUAUGACCGCAGCAAGCCCUACAAACUCAUAUUCGGCUACCACUGGCUCGGCGGAACGAUGCAGAAUGUCGCCGGCGGCGCCUACUACGGCGUGCAGCCACUGUCGGGCAACAGCGCCAUUUUCGUCGCUCCGCAGGGCCUGGACAAUGGCUGGGCCAACAAAAACGGAGACGACAUUACCUUCAACGACCAGCUCGUGGCUAAACUCACGACGGAAUUCUGCAUCGAUGAUUCUCAAAUCUAUUCGAUGGGAUGGAGUUACGGCGGGUCCAUGUCGUAUGCGCUCGCGUGCGCCCGUCCGGACGUCUUCCGAGGUGUUGCGGUCAUGUCCGGUGCCAACCUCAGCGGGUGCAGCCCUGGCACCAAGCCGGUAGGGUACUAUGGUCAGCAUGGGGGCUCUGACGACGUGCUCUCCAUCAGUCUUGGUCGUCAGAUCCGGGAUACCUUCGUCAAGGAUAACCAGUGUACCCCGCAGAAUCCCUCAGAGCCUGCCAAGGGUAGUGGGAAGCAUAUUAAGACCGUGUAUUCCGGGUGCUCUACUGACCAUCCUGUAUGGUGGAUUGCCUUUGACGGUCCACAUGAGCCGUUGGCGACUGAUGCUGGGUCAAGCUCUUCGUGGACUCCCGGCGAGCUCUGGAGUUUCAUUUCGCAAUUCAAUUAA